GAAACUACAUUGACCAAAAUCGAAAUGUAUACCAAAAUACUGAAUUUUAUUGUUGGAAGAAUUAAAAGACAGGCAAACUUUGCACCGGGAGGGGCUGCAGCAGAAGAACACACAAUAGAAUAUGUUAUCGCCACUCCUACCCAUUGGAAAGGAACACAAUUAUUGAAUGAUUUUGAAGAGGCUCUUCAGAAGACAAAAGAGAUAGAACAUGCCAAAUCCAAGGUUAUUGUUACCAAAGCUGAGAUGGUGUCACCUUUCUUGCAUGAAUUGAAGGCGGAUGUAUUAUGUCAGAACUUUAAUGUAGACCAUUUAUCAUUUGAGGAGAAUACAAAGUAUGCAAUUCUAGAUAUAGGCACAACUGCGUGUGAACUGACUAUUCUUACUUCAAAGAAAGAUGCAAAAGACCAAGCAGGUGAACCAAUUAGAACUCCAUGGUCCAAAACUGUAGAAAAUCUUUUUCUUGAAAUGCUGGAUUCUAUGUUUGGAGCUACUGUAAUGAACAAAUUUAAAACAGAUAAAGCGGGGGUACUAGAACUUCUCCUGUCAUUUGAAAAGAUCAAGACAAGCAAAGAUAUUUUUAAAUUAAAUGCGAAACCAGAACCAUUGCCAAUGCCUUGUGCACUACUAGAUCAGUUAUCGAAUGAAUUAAUCAACACAUAUCUUAAGGCAGGGAAUACGAUUAGAGAAAAGAAUAGCCAUAUUUCAGAAGAAGAAAAGAAGGAUUAUUUUCUAUGCAUCAGCCCCGAGCAAGUUCAGGAGCUCUUUGAACCUAUGUUAAAAAUCAUUGAGGAAACUAUCUAUAAGCAUUUUUCAAACGAUCAAAACAGUGACAUUAAAUGCGUUUGUAUAAUUGGAGGAUAUGCCAAUACAAAAUUAGUACAUAAAAAAGCUAGGAAGUGUUUUCCUGAGAGAACGGUUGUUAUUCCAAAGGAAGCAGACAUAGUCGUUGUCCAAGGCGCGGUGUAUUAUGGAUACAAAUAUAUAAACGAUAAAAAAUAAAGAACAGAAGAGAAAAUCUCUGGAAUAUAAAAUCCCAGAAAGACUUUAAAAUUAUUAUGUCCUGUAUAUUCUUUAUAACCUAUACUGUAAUAUUAAUAAAGAAAAAUCAUUCUUCUUAAAGAAAAACAUGUUACGUGUAAUAUUAUGCUAGAAAAUAUUACUUUCACAAAAAUAUAUCAGUCCGUUAUGGGAAAUGUGUAUAAAAAUAAUCAUUAUGUCAUCUUUAAAUCAUAUAUGGUUGUUUUGGCAGAAAA